ACAUUAUUCAGUACUUCAAUUCCCAAAGAAUUAAACAAUCAAUCUGUCUCUCUAUAACCAAAAUAAAUAAAUAACAUGAAGCUUCUUGUUUUCUUUUUUCUCCUAUUUUUCCUUUCAUCAAUCAGCUCAAUCCACACCCUAAAAAUCCCCUCAAAAUCAUCAUCACCACUUGAUCAAACAAGUCUAAAAAAACUUAACAAUGAAACAAUAAUCUACAAAAUCUCAAAACAAUUAUGUUGGAAUUGCUUAGGAGAAGCAAUACAAUUCUUGUUUCAUCACAACUUAGUAAGAGCAACAAAAAUGGAAUUACCUUUAACAUGGGAUUCAAAUCUUGAAAAUUAUGCAAAAUGGUGGGCAAGUUCAAGAAGACAAGAUUGUAGACUAAUGCAUUCAUUUCCAGAAGGUGAUUUUAAGUUAGGUGAAAAUAUUUAUUGGGGCAGUGGAAAUACUUGGACACCAAGUGAUGCUGUUAAUGCUUGGGCUGAUGAACAAAAGUACUAUGAUUAUGCAUCAAAUUCAUGUGUUGAAGGACAAUUAUGUGGACAUUAUACACAAAUUGUUUGGAAGAGUACAAGGAAAGUUGGAUGUGCUAGAGUUAUUUGUGACAGUGGUGAUGUUUUCAUGACUUGUAAUUACUUUCCUCCUGGGAAUUAUAUUGGAGAAAAGCCUUAUUGAUCUUCAUUCAAAAUUUGAUAAUAUGUAAUGAUUUUUUUCUUUUGUGUGUGUGAUAUAUAUAGAUGAUUAUGUAUAAAUAUCGAGUCGAUCAUGUGGUAUAAUAUAAUGUCUUUUUGUUUUGUUUUUUUUAA